UUAUUGUUUCUAUGAGUAAAGUUCAUGUAUCUGUGUUUCCUCAUAGAGAGUCGCUCUGCAGGGAGCAGACGCUACAGACUGGCUGCAGUGGGUCUGGGUCUGCUGUGUGUUCUCCUGCUGACUGCCAUCACAGUGCUGUGGAUCCAGUUCAACCACCUGACUGCAGAGAGAGACCAGUUACAGACCAGUAACACCAACCUGACUGCAGAGAGAGACCAGUUACAGACCAGUAACACCAACCUGACUGCAGAGAGAGACCAGUUACAGACCAGUUACACCAACCUGACUGCAGAGAGAGACCAGUUACAGACCAGUAACCCCAACCUGACUGCAGAGAGAGAACAGUUACAGACCAGUUACACCAACCUGACUGCAGAGAGAGACCAGUUACAGACCAGUUACACCAACCUGACUGCAGAGAGAGACCAGUUACAGACCAGUUACACCAACCUGACUGCAGAGAGAGACCAGUUACAGACCAGUUACACCAACCUGACUGCAGAGAGAGACCAGUUACAGACCAGUUACACCAACCUGACUGCAGAGAGAGACCAGUUACAGACCAGUUACACCAAGCUGACUGCACAGAGAGACCAGUUACAGACCAGUAACACCAACCUGACUGCAGAGAGAGACCAGUUACAGACCAGUUACACCAACCUGACUGCAGAGAGAGACCAGUUACAGGCAGAGAGAGACGGGCUCCAGAGAAGGUUUUCUGAACUGGGUUAGUGAUUAAUUGCCGUUUUUAAUCAUUUUAUUAGGAACAUCAUUCUAACAC